AUGGAUAUUGAUGAGAUUCUUUUUAAAUAUAAUACUUUAACUUUAAAGAAGUUAGAACUUGAUGAUUUGAUCGCACCCAAAUGUUUUCCAGGUGCUAAAAUAGGAUGUUGCUCAUAUCCUGAGGACUUGAUGACAGCGUAUGUGCAACUGAAUGAUUACAUUCUCGGAAAUCAGCCACACGAUCCUGAUUCCGUUACCACAAAUCACGUUGACUCUCAACACAAAUUGAAGAUAUUAUCGGAUGAGAGAGUAAUGUACGUGUGUGAGAACGUGGUCUACGUCCUCGCAUAUUAUUUGAUAGAAACGGGGCAGACGGAUUCUCUUUUGGGCCUGCUGAUCAGGAAUGAGGAGUUCUUCUCAAUUCUGCCGCAGGCGAAAACAGCUAAAAUGGUGAGGUCGAUUCUAGAAAGACUUUCACAAGUGGUCAAGGAUUUAAACGUACUCUACAAAAUAUUCUCGAUAUACCGAGGAUGGUGCGACUCAAAGAAGAGGAAGUUUUUGGGGCUUCGCAUAGAGUUGAAGCUGGUAGUGAUACUGAUUUUGAUGAGAAGAUUCACGGAGGCGUCGAAAAGACUGAACGCCUUGCAGAAUGAAGUGAGGCUGCUAGAAGACAAAUCGCUGUUGCUGGAUGUGUACCUGGUGCAGGCGAAGUUCUACCUGCUGCUGAGAGACUUCACGAAAAUGAAGGUCUUCGUCAGCAACGCCAAGAACACGUCGACGAACAUUAACACGCCAGUGUACGUUACAUCGGAGAUAGAUUUACUGUCCGGAAUACUGUACCUGUGCGAAAAGGACUACAAAACAGCAUACUCGUACCUGUUCGAAAGCUUUGAAGGCUUUCACAUGUCGCUGUGUAACGCGUACAGUUAUUUGUACCCGAAUCUGAAUAGAGUGAAGAGGAAGACGAGAAAUUUAACAGGCCUCGAGGAGCCGAAGACAGUGGAAACAGAUGACAUAACCACCGAGAAGGUGAGGUUCAGUUGCCACCCAACGACCUCGGACAUCUCGCCGGUGUUCUUCACAUUCUAUAACCUGUAUGACUACCACAGAACCUCUGAUAAGGUUGACCGAAAUCAAAAGCUGGAUUCAGUCGGAUCGUACUACAUUAGGUUCUACUCAAUGGUCGACUUUAGCUCGGAUGAGCUGGAAAUCGACGAGACUGCACACUUUCUAGCAGAACCAGAGCACUACAGCCUGGACGUUAGCACAAUCGUAGGGGCAGAUGAACGAAAACUGGUUCAGUCGCUCAAGUACCUCAUGCUCUCAGCAGUGCUCAGCGGCCAGGCGGGGGAUCUGAACACACUGCUGGGCGCCAAGAACAAGCUGAAGUACUCAAACCACCUCGAGAUAGUCAUGAUCAAGAAGAUAGGCAACUGCUACAAGGAGAGCUCCCUGAUCAACUUUGAGAAGCUGCUCACGGAGUACAGGGAGGUGAUAAUGCUGGACCCGGUGCUCCAGCACGAAGUCCAGAGCCUGUACGACGCGCUUCUGGAAAAGAACAUCCUCAGGCUGCUGAAGCCAUACAGCAUAGUCGAGUGCGAGUUCGUCGCGAGGAAGCUGGACCUCCCGGUCGAGAGGGUGGAGCGGAAGCUGGCCGAGAUGAUCCUGGACAACAAGCUCAAGGGCACAAUCGACCAGGGGUCGAGCACACUCGAGGUUUACGACGAGGUCGAAGUGCUUCCGAUAUACGAGAACGUGACAAAGUCGAUUGGACACAUGACUGAGGUGAUAGAAACACUAUACGAGAAGGCGAAGCUGGCAAUAUGA